AUGUCCAGCUGGGCUGAACGCGUGCAUCGACGCGCUGCUGAUUUGGGCAACGUUGUCACAUCCUGUGGCCAUCCAGCUACCGCUCCCGCCUAUCCGUACCGCUUGGAGAAGGUGAAGUUCGGUGUACCCCUGGAGGAGGUGUGCAAGCACAACAACAACAUUCCAGGCCCUCUGCUUGUAUUAAUAUUGAAACUGAACAAGGAAUCGCCCAAUCGACGCGAUGUUUUCCGUGCGCCCGGCCAUCAAGGCGCAAUGAAGAAGCUCAUCCAUUUCCUGCAGGCGGGCCGACUCGUCAACGUUGAUAAUUAUUCGGUGUUCACUAUUGCCAGCGUACUAAAGAAGUUCCUCCGCAAGAUACCGAACGGCAUCUUUGGACGCAGUGGCGAGAUGGAGCUCUUUGCCAUUAACGAGCUGCAAAACGAAGCCGAGCAAACGGACCGUUUACACAGAUUGUUUGCAUCACUGCCCAAAUAUACGCAACAUCUAUUAGUUUUACUCUUUGGCACAUUCCGCGUUAUCGCCAGCAAUGCGGCCCACGCAUCCACGGGCAUGACCAGCGAAGCUCUCGGCGUCUCGGUUGCGCCCAGUUUCUUUCAAUCCUGCGUCAGCGAUGGCAAAACCGCACGCAUGGAGGAUGUGCUCAAGUUUAAGGUGGCCACCAAGAUCAUGCAGCACAUAAUCGAUAAGUUUGCCACUCACGAUAUCUUUGGGCGCGACAACUAUGAAUACUAUGCCCGCGUCACGGGGCGCAUUCUAAAGGUGCAGGACGAAUGGAUCUGCAGUUUCCAAUAUCCGCCGCCGCCACGCGGCAAAUUGGCACAACAGAAAUAUGCAUUACAACAUUCUCUGGAGGCCGAAAAGACUUGGCUGCAGUGCCAAUGCGAGCGUUGGGGCUUACUGGCCCAGGAGGAAUCUCGCUCGACGCCCGCACUGCUGACCAGCUCCAGUUCGGCGCUGGAGAACAGCGUGCUGUCGCUGGGCGUGUCGCCGGAGCACUCGUUCAUCGAGAGCUGUGCCCGUCUCUCCGUGUCGCUGGAGGGGCCGGGCAUCUUUGCCAUGACCAGCUCGCCGCUGCCGGCCAAGCGCGCUGGCAACGGGAAUGGCAACGGCACUGACUAUGAUUACGACGAUUAUGUGGACGAUGAGGAGGAUAAUGAUGAGCUGGCCCAUGACUUUGCCGCCGAUCUGGAGCUGAGCAGCAUUGCUCCGGCCACGCCAUCGCAUCUGCAGCAGCAGCAGCAGCUGCGGGGCCUGCAACAAUUCAAGCAACGGCAGCAGCAGCUGAUGGGCACAACGAGCAACUCACAGGACGACGACGACGAUGAGGAGGACGACGAGGAUGACGAGCUGACCACCGUGAAGCGUCGCUACCGUCAGAACAAAAAGAAGCCCUUGCCCAGCGGCCAUCAUCAGCGACGCCUGCGCACCGGCACCAAAAGCCUCGACGGCAGCAGCGACCGUCGUGGCAGCAAUGCAGCCUCCACUGGAGUCAUUGCUGCCCCCACAGCAACCACCAGUGCAGCCCUGGCCAACAGCAGCAGCAAUGGCGGCAAGCUGAAGCAGCCGCAGCGGACCUGCAGUCGCUGCAAUCGUGGCAUUCGCCACAGCAGCUCGUGCAGCUCGAAUUCCGGCGGAGCUGCUGGCUCCAAUGGGGGCGCUGGCGGCAUCGGCGUCACUGCCGGCAACAGCGGUGCCAACUCUGGCGGCAUGACCAUGGAGGAGCUGCGCGCCGUCAAUCGCUAUGCGGAGAGCACCAAGAGUCUCUCAUAUUUGCCACAGGUCCAUGAACGCCAAACCGCACGCAUGCGCACCCGCUCCGAAUGGUUCUUGGGGCCACGGGAUGCGGUCGUCUCGCUGCAGCUGCCGGUGGACACGUGCAGCAACUGCUGCCUGGCGGUCGCCGCCGCCGCUGCCGCUGGCUACCUGGGUGGCGGCAGCACGCGUGACAUGCGCCAGACGGUGGGCGGCGUCGGCGGUGCCGCCGACAUCGAGGCGGAGCGCAGCCAAGCCGCGCUGCUCUAUCACUUCUAUCGCCGGCAGCAGCGCGAACGCGAACUGGAACUGGAACUGGAAAGGGAGAAGCAGCCGCAGCUGGACGAUAUGAUGGACACCGAGGACAGCUACAGCUACAGCCGUCAUCAGCAGCAGCAGCAGCAACAAAAACAACAACAACAGCAACAUAUACAUUCCAAGGGUCUGCUGCGACCGCCGCAGCAGCAGCAACAGCGUCGCCUGUUGCUGGACGCCAAUUCGGUUGGCAACAUCCGUUUGAGUAACAGCGCCGAGUCCAUACAGUACGCAACGCGCCGACCCAACAUCGUCGGCAAUCCCAACAGCAGCAACAUCAACAUCAUCAGCAGCAGCAGCAUCAGCAAUCCCAACAGCAACACACGCCGCCUGCUCAUCAAUGUGCCGCGGCAGUAUCCACUGCGAUCGUCGCUGCGACGCCACAAGGAGAAGCAGAUUGGCGGCAGCCAGAGCAACAGCAGCAACAGCAUCAGCAACGAACAGCUGACCGGCAGCACAGCGCCAGCAGCAACAGUUGGCGGCGCAACGGCAGCCGCUGCAGCUGGAGUGCCGCUGAACAAGCCGCUGUUGCUGGUGGGCCUCCUGCCGGGCGCCGAGCAGCCGCCGUCUGUGCGCAACUCCAUAGCGGACUGUGGCAGCCACGACUAUGACAAAAUGGACACCAUGGAGCACCAGCUGAGCUUGGAGUGCAGCACAACGCUGAGCUUCAAGCCGCCGCGGCUGUAACAGCAGCAGCAACACCAGAAGCAGCAGCAGGAGUAAUCCAAGUUGGAGGCAAGCGACGCAGGCUCAAGCAACAUUUCUAAAAAAAAUCGAUUUAAUGGAUUUAAUAUUUGACUAGCGUUUAAUUAAAUAUUGAAAUCUAACACACACACACACACAUACACAAACACAUUUAUAUAUUAACAUGUAUAUGUACUUGUAUUUAUGUGUAUAGCAAGAAAAGGCUGAUUUUCUUUAGUUAAUAACGAUAAAAUUUAACGGAUAUUGCAACAAAUUGCCAAAUUUUAUUUGAGACAACUGAAAAGCAAA